AUGGAGGAGCUUCACCAGAAGUUACAAGAUAUUUUGCUGCAGGAUGACUGGACAGAUCUGCAAACAUUCCUCUGUGAAUCCAUUCUCAAGCCAGGGAUGAAGAAUCUGUUCCAUUGUGUCUUGGAUUCUGUGAGAAAAGGGGAAGAGUUGGACAAGGCUGUGGAUACAUGCGAUUCCAUUUUGGACAUUCUAUGGGAGUGGUUGAAUGUGGGAUAUUGGAAGGAUGUGGACCUGGUAUGGCGACAUGCAUAUUCAUAUGCAUCAUUGCUCAAGGCUCUUGCCAUAUUAAAAUGUGCCAAUGACCAAGCUGUAAGCAAUGCCUUGAGGGCAUGUGAUAUGGGAAUCCUCAUGGGUCAGCCCAUCAUGAAUGAAGUGUUACCUCGAUUGGCAACACUGAUUUCUAAUUAUCUGAUUGAUUUUGGUGAUCAGCCAUUGGACUUACCAGAAGUUCGGUUAGUAUGCCCAGAGUAUUUAAUCAUUCAGGAUUACACUCCUAUGUGUAGAGUGACAGACCACUUGCUUCCAGUUGAAUAUUUACCUUCAAUUGAGACAUUCAUUGCAAAUUAUGUUGAUCAAUCAGAGCCAGUCAUAAUUAAAGGAGCAGUGGACCAUUGGCCAGCACUGAAGUGGGAUUUGAAGCACAUUUUAAAAAUAUGUGGCCCUCGAUUGGUCCCAGUGGAGAUUGGGUCUCGUUACACAGAAAAUGACUGGACACAGAAGCUCAUGACUGUGAAGGAAUUUGCCCGGGACUAUGUUCUUUGUGGGAAUGGGACAGGAUACCUGGCACAGCAUUCACUUCUGGAUCAGAUUGUGGAGCUUCGUUCAGAUAUCUCAACACCAGACUAUUGCCUAGGUGAGACUGAUGUGAAUGCUUGGUUUGGUGGUCCUGGGACGGUUUCACCUCUCCAUUAUGACCCAAGACACAACUGCUUUGUGCAGGUCCUGGGCUGGAAGUAUUUCCGGCUGUACAAUCCAAUUUAUUCAGAUGCACUCUAUCCCUUCUCUUCCAUGCUGCUAAAUAAUACAAGUCAGGUUGAUGUUGAGAAACCAGAUUUGAGCCAAUUCCUGAAUUUCCAAGAUGUCCCCUAUUAUGAAUGUGUCCUGGGGCCUGGUGAUCUCCUGUUUCUGCCAAGGAAGUGGUGGCAUUUUGUGCGUUCCCUCUCCACCAGUUUCUCUAUAUCCUUCUGGUGGGACUUCCCAUGA